UUUAUAGUUAGUAAUUUUUGGUGGAACGUAAAAAAUUAAGUGCUCUUGUGGCUCCCGAGUCAAGCAUACAGUCUGCUAUUUACUUCCACGCAGCUUUUCAUUCGUUAAUACCUGCUAUUGUUAUUUGCUGAAAGAGAAAAUUUUGUUGCAAACGCAAAUGCAUUGCGGAGUUUUGGUUCGCUUUGUAAUUUGUGUCUGUUUGGUGGGCUUUACUGCUGCCAAAUGUGUACCUGAAAAGUGUGGUGAUUUAGAAGUGAGUUACCCUUUCUAUAUUAAGAAUCCAAAAUGCGGAGCAAGUGCCGAAGCAAGUCACUGGGAUUAUUCUAUAGCAUGCAGGAAGGACAGAGAUACUGGUAUGUUCGCUCCGUUCUUGGAAGGUUUUGGAGAUUACGGUCGCUCCUUCAGGAUUGUUGACAUCGAUUAUAAGGGUCACCUCAUCAUUGAUUCUUCUUUCAUCAAUGUCUCUUCGUGUAAUUCAAGCAGCCCUGCGAGAAAAUACUUUGCACUAUCUGAAGAUUCGCCUUUUUUUAUUUCCAAUGCCAAUCGAAUGGUGGUUCUCGGCUGCAAUACAUUUGGUACCUACAGUUAUUGGAAUGUGGUUUGGAAUUCGAGUCGGGCUGCGAAAUUGGGAGAGGCGAGGUGUGUAUCAUUAUGUGACCAAAGUAAUAAACCAUCUCAAAACCAUCCACCUUACUGCCCCGAUGGCUGUUGUGAACUUAACCUUCCAGAUAAUUGGUAUAAGAUUAAUUUCACAGCUGGUCUUUUGUCCGAUAAUGAUAACACCUGUGCCUCUUCUAUCUUAAUGGACCCGUCCACCAUUCGAGGAAAAGGCAAAUAUGGUCUCAGCAUUAAUUGGGGUGUAGGGAUACAAAAUUGUUCAGAGGCUAAUGGAACGAGCGAUUAUUCUUGUUCCAUCCAUGCAGAAUGCAACGAGUCGCCUUCGGGAGUUGGGCACGUAUGCAAAUGUCACCCUGGAUAUGAAGGAAAUGGUUACCUCAAGGGCACGGGCUGUAUAGAUAAAAACGAAUGUGGUCAUACAAACCUGAAUAAGUGCGUUGGAGCAAAGCAAGGGGGAAUAUGCCUUAAUUUGGCAGGUUCCUACAACUGUUCAUGUGCAAAAAGAUAUAUAGGAGAUGGUUUUAGAAAUGGGACAGGAUGCAUGUCCACAACUUCAAAUGGCGUUGUCUUUCCUGCAAUUAUCGGGUCAGUCUCUUCAAUUGUGGUUUUUUGUUUAGCAGCGACACUUUUAGUUUGGUGGAUAAAGAAACGCCACUUGAAACUUGUGGAGGCCAAGUAUUAUCACCUGUUGCAGCAACACAUAGCUUCUGCAGUGGGGAGAGAAAGCCUGAGAAUUUUUUCUGCCAAAGAAAUGGCAAGAGCUUCUAAUAAUUAUUCAAGUGCAAUGGUGCUGGGAACUGGUGGCUUUGGAACUGUGUUCAAAGGCAUUUUAUUAGAUGGUACUCUUGUGGCUAUUAAAAAGUCCAACCAAGUUUUGAAUCUAGAGAAUGACCAUGAGUUUCUUAAUGAAGUUACAAUUCUCUCCCAAAUCAAUCAUAGAAAUAUAGUGAAAUUGUUAGGCUGCUGCAUCCAAAGUAAAUUCCCAUUAUUAGUAUCCGAAUUUGUUCCGAAUGGAACAAUGUUUGAACAUUUACACUUCAAAGAGGGCUCUUUGACUUGGGCUUCACGUCUGCAGAUUGCAAUCGAGACUGGGGAGGCUUUUGCAUAUCUACAUUCUGGAGCAUCUCAGCCCAUUUUCCACCGAGAUGUAAAAUCAUCAAAUAUUCUAUUGGAUGAGAGACUCUCUCCCAAAGUUGCAGACUUUGGAAUUUCUCGUCUCAUUUCCGCUUCCAAUGACACACAUGUCACCACUAAUAUAAUGGGUACAACGGGUUACUUAGAUCCUGAGUACUUCCAAACUUAUCAACUCACCGAAAAAAGUGAUGUAUAUAGUUUUGGUGUAGUCCUAGUCGAGCUUUUAACAUCUUUGAAACCAUUCUCUGUGGAAAGGGGUGGCGACGAGAUGAGUUUAUCUGGUCUUUUUCUAUCCAGGCUCAAGCAGAAUCGCCUUAGGGAAAUCUUAGAUAGCAAAGUAUUGGAGGAGAAAAACCUGCAACAGAUGGAAGAUAUGGCAAGAAUAGCGAGAGAAUGCCUUCAUUUUGAAAGGAGGAAGAGACCCUCAAUGAAAGAAGUUGUGGAAGAACUUAUUUGUGUAAGAGGCGGGACAAGAAAGACGAAAUUCCAUGACAGCGUAAAGCGCGACGACACAAUAUUUGAGCAAACAAGUAUUUUCAGAGAAGCAUCGCAAACAUCACAUGAAUUCAGGAGUUACACCUUUCCAUCUACAGUUGGAAGUACGUCUGAGGAACGAACCAAUUCAGUUGUCGAGCCAACUAAAUGAUUCAGGAAACGAGGUGAUAAUGCUUCAUCUUUAGAUUAGAUGUAAUGGUGAUAAGGCUAAAUGAUUCAGGAAAGGAGGUGAUAAUGCUUCAUCUUUAGAUUAGAUAUAAUGCUGAUAAGGCUUCAUCUUUAAAUUAGAAAUAAUAUUUCAUUAGUUAGUAUAAUA